AUGGCAUCCCCUCCGCGCCGCCGAUCAUCUCGACUUCGUACUCCAGUCAAAACACUGCCUAAUCCAAACACAAAUACAUAUCUCACAUCUCUCGCCGAGGUUGAUGAAGCUCCUAUUUAUCCUUCCCUUCCGGUCGUUUCGUCACCAGUUCAAACGCCUCAAACGCCAGCUACUUCCGGCCGUAUUGUCCCACCUCGAGAGGAAAUGCAUCCAUCCAUGACACAUAAAUCUACUACCCAAAAGCCCGACUCAGGACUCCGUCAUGGUUUUGUUGACAUCAACGCAAAGGGCGAUGACCAACCCUCUGGUAUCCAACAAAAAACCCCCUCAAAAAUUGGCAUCAGCUCACCAACUUUCGAUUUUAAAUUCGCGCGUCCUGCACCCCAUCUUGGCCCGGAAGCUCAACGCAUGAUGGAUGAACUACGUGAAGAGGCACUCCGUAUCAAAGCUAAGCUUGCUGCGGAACGAGAAAUGGAACGAAAGAAGAACCCGGAGGGUAGCCAUAUGGGAGGCCGAAAGAUCGCACAAGCAAAGGGCAAAGUUAACAGAUACAGUGAUGUUCAUAUGGCAGAGUUCAAAAAGAUGGACAGCAUCGCCAAUCAUCCAUCCUCUUUCCGUGCUCAACCAGGUCGAAUUACUCCUACUGCCGCUAUCAAGCGCACACGAUCUAAAGCUAGGCUGGGUGAUAAAGAUGUCACUCAAAGUGAAGAUUCUUCCCAAGAUACUGGUAGUGACCGGCCUGAAAAUACUGCACCUGCCAAGCGUGCUCGUCAGCGCAUUACAGAUGAUGCCUCAUCUCAACGACCAGUGUCCUGUGGCAAGUCUGAAAAUAUCCCAAUGCCUUCUACCCCACGCCACCAAAUUUCCAGCUUUCCUGCACACCUGGCAACACCCACACAAGCAUCUAUGGCUCGUGCCCAAAGUGUCAAACAUCCUGCAACUCAAAUUCCCAGCUUGUCCAGAUCACCAUCAAAGCCAAAUCUGCAAAGUACACCUCGCGGUAUGACGAAAUCUGCUACGGUGAACAAUAUUGCUGGAUCAAUGACAGCACCAAGUAAAUCUAUGCUCCGAACUCCAAGCAGAUUCGAUCGCGUUAAGUCUAUUCUAAAGCAUCCAGGCUCAAGCUUCAGCACAAAGAAGACAGACAAGACCUCAGCUAUUCCUUCAAUUGCUAGAAGUCCAGCCAAGCACAACCUUGCGAAGGACCUACCCUCUGUCCCUACAACUCCUAUUGGGGCCGGCCGCUCUAAGAGUAUGAAGCAUGUUGGAUUCACGCCUGAGACGAGGAAGCACAACGAAGCUAAGCACAAUGAGACCACCGUUCCACAAUCCCCAUCUCCAGUAAAGUCUGGCAUCCCUCGCUCCAGCUCAAAGUCGAAUGUCAAGGUUGGUUCUUCAAUUGCCCCUCGCCGACCUGUACCUCAAGAAGAACCUAUCAAGCGACAAGCAAAAGAUGCUGGGAUGUCUGAAACUGAUGCGGUCGAGUAUCCUUCCCUUGCUGGUGUUAGACCUCUUCCAGAACCACCUCGUCAAGCUCUUCCUCCACACCUUCCUCCCUCAAUUCCUGGCACCUUUACUUUCCGCAGUGACCAUACUAUCAGCUUCGGUGCCUCUCCAAAGGGAUUUGGUCCAUCGCCUAAUCAGGCUACUGUCCGCCAGGUUCGACGCAGUAUCUUCCCUGAUAGUAUGCCUGGCAGCUUUCCUGAUGGCAACAAAGAGAACACUGAUCCUCCUGUCCGUGAGUCGAGCAAGAAGCCCACUAACCUCUCAGUUAUUCCUACUGUUCCUCAUGGUAUGUCCAACAAGAAGCGUAGAAGAGUUGAGUCUGAUGGCGAGGAUGAAGCACGCUCACCAAAGAAGCAAAAGGCUCCAGAGGGUGCUAUGCUGAUGGCUCCGAGACUUCAAGCUGGAAAAAAUGUUACUACUUCGACUCCAAGUCCUGCCAAAAAAAGAGGACUAACCCUCAGCCGACUCAAUAUGCUUGCACGACCAAAGGCCCGGAAAUAA